AUGGCGCAGCAAGAAUGUAAUGAUAAGUAUGAAGUUUUGGAAACAUCAAAGGUUGAGAGAAGUAGUUACCCAACAAAAAGGACUACAAACUCAAAGCUGUCUGAGGCAGAGAUGGCAUUCAUUCAACAAAAGUUUAUGGCUGCAAAAUGUCUUUCCACAAAUGUCAAGCUUCAUAAUUCAAAAGAAUUUUGUGAUAUGCUUGACAUGCUGGAUGCCAACAAAGACUUAUUGAUUAAGUUUCUUCAGCAGCCAGAUUCCUUGUUUACAAAGCAUCUCGUUGAUCUGCAAGGUGUUGCUCUUAGAUCAAAAUGCAGUCACAUGGCAAAUGUGGACCCAUCAAAAUUGGAUAAGUAUGAAAGCAGUACCAUUGGUUGGAAGUCAGAGAAAGGGAUUUUACAAUGCUCUCGUCAGAAACAUUAUGAUGGUCUUUUUACCCACUUCUGCAAUCAUCGUGGUGCUCAAAAACCUCUUAAAUCACCAAACAUUCAAUCAGAAGGGAAGCAUGGGAGUGAGACAAACAUUCUCCCAACACAGAUUGUUGUUCUUAAGCCAAAUCUUGAGAAGAUGCAGAAUGCUACUAAAUCUGUUUUAUCAACCAGUUCUUUUCAUGAUUUUUUUAGGCCCAAGUCUAGAGAGCCCAAAGAAAAAGCUAAGGAGAUUACUAGGAAAAUGAGAGAAAGUUUACGUGGUGAGCCGAUGGAUUUGCCCUCCAUUUUUAUGGGAUAUGCUGGGGAUAAGAGCUCAUAUAAUGUGUUUGGAAGUGAUUCUGGAAGUGAAUCAGAACUGACAAUAUCGACUCUCAGAAAGACCUUUCACUGGAGUAACCGACCUAGACCUUCAUCAUGGCUUUCAACUAAGUCAUCUGUAAGUAGGGAGGCCAAAAAGAGACUCUCAGAGAGGUGGAAGAUGUCCCAAAGGUAUCAGAAUGUUGGAGCAGUUGGCAAGGCUAGCACUCUAGAUCAAAUGCUUUCUAUUCAUGAUACGGAAAUGAGGCUAGAGAAUUUUUAUCCAAUGACUAGUUUGGAUGGAUCCAGUGAUAGAUUUGUUAACAAUGAUGAAAUUGCUGAGUGGGAUAGUCCUUUGGGUAUUAGUAGUAAGGAUGGUUGGAAGGAUAGUAUUAGAAUUUCAGCCAGAUCAAGAUCUUUUGUUGCUUUAUCUGUUAGCUCUUGUGGCCCUAAAACAAACAUGCAAUGUGAAACUCUUGACCAGGAUAGUUAUUUGAUGGCUGGAGAAGCCAUGAAUCGGGGUAAGAAUAAGGCAAUCAGGAGAAAUUCCAAUAAGAAAGAAGAUUCUUCAUCCAGAAAAAUAAGAUCCAACAAUAAGAAAUCUCAAUCCUUUUGCCGCACCUAUAGUGAUAGUACUGAUUCCUUUGGGGAAAAGCAAUUUAACCUAUCUCAGGCGGAGAUCAACCUUGGAAAGAAAGAUCCUACAGAACAGAAGUCUUUAGUUUCUCAGAUGCGGACUCAUAACAUCAACAAUAAAAGUUCAAUUAAUGAUGUUGAGGUGGAUGGUGGACAUGCAGAUAUGUAUUCUGAAUCUCUUGAUGGGGAGUUGCCCUCAAAACCAUCAUCUUGUUUGUUAGGAAAUCCUAUUUCUUCUACCCCUGGUCCAGAGGAUUCAAAAGCUCAAGUUUGA